AUGACCAUGAACAUCGUAGUGCUGAUGAUGAUGCUGGGCUGCUGCUCGUUUACCAGCGCAACUGGCAAUGGAACAGGUGCAACUGGCAAUGGAACAGCACCGUGCCGCAACAAUUUAGCAAUCUCUUUUUGCCUGGAUUCCUCUGGGAGCAUGACCAAACCCAAUUUCGACCAACAGAAAGAUGCGGUAACCUAUUUAAUCGACCGGUUGAACAUGUCAUCUGGAAACGUUCAGUUAACCGUUGCAUCCUAUGGCUCGAACUGUUACCCACCUGUUAACAAUUAUACCAGAAACUCGACGUUAGCCAAAGAGAUGGUCAAAAAUACAACUUACAGAGGCAGCACCACUGAAACUGGCUUAUGUCUCAAGUGGGCCAAUGGUCUGCACGACACAUAUGGUGAUCCUAAAGCGGUGUGUUUAAUUUUGAUAAUGACUGACGGAGGCUCCACCAACCAAACCCAGA